AUGACUGCUCCGGCUGUUCUGCCGCUGUUGGGCCGGAGGAUACCGACCCUGGCACCUGGUGCCUCAUCAUUCCCACACCACAGAGCCACGUUGCGGCUAUCCAAAAAGUUUAUCCUCCUCCUCAUCCUUAGUGCCUUCAUUACCCUGUGCUUUGGAGCGUUUUUCUUCCUACCCGACAACUCCAAGCACAAGCGCUUCGAUUUGGGCCAGGAGGACGUGCUGAUACCGCAUAUCAACUCCAACAAGGAGGGAAAACAGCCCGGAGGACAGAUCAUCCACGGCCAGAGCGGCCACGAUGAGCACCACCACAGGGAGGAAGAGGAGAACCUGCGGAGCAAGAUUCACGCGGACCAUGAGCGGGUGCUGGAGGAGGCUAAGGAGAAGCUGAGUAAGUCUCGCGAGGAGCUGCGAGCGGACAUCCAGACAGAGAAGAGCAAGGUGGCACAGGACAUGAAGAAGAAGGACAGCAGCCAGUCCCCUCCCCCUGUUCCCAUGCCCAAGCUGGUAGGGUUCAAUGACGGAGACCCAGGGGACCCUGAGGUGAAGGAGAAGCGGGACAAGAUCCGAGAGAUGAUGAAGCACGCAUGGGGCAGCUACAGGCAGUAUGGCUGGGGAUACAAUGAGCUGAGGCCCCUUGCCAAGAAAGGACAUUCCACCAACAUCUUUGGCAAUUCGCAGCUGGGAGCCACCAUCGUGGAUGCCUUAGACACCCUUUACAUGAUGGGCCUUCACAGCGAGUUCAAGGAUGGGCAGGAGUGGAUUGAGCAGAACCUGGACUUCAGUGUGAAUGCAGAAGUGUCUGUCUUCGAGGUCAACAUUCGCUUCAUUGGUGGUUUGCUGGCAGCCUACUACUUAUCAGGACAGGAGGUGUUCAAAGUCAAAGCAGUCCAGUUGGCUGAGAAGCUCCUUCCUGCAUUCAACACGCCCACUGGCAUCCCCUGGGCCAUGGUCAACUUAAAGAGUGGUGUGGGGCGGAAUUGGGGUUGGGCAUCUGCCGGUAGCAGCAUCCUUGCCGAGUUUGGGACCCUCCACAUGGAGUUUGUUCACCUUACCUACUUAACUGGAAAUCCUGCCUACUACCAGAAGGUGAUGCACAUUCGCAAGCUGCUGGCCAAAAUGGACAGACCCAAUGGCCUCUACCCCAACUACCUGAACCCUCAGACUGGGCACUGGGGACAGCACCACACCUCUGUGGGGGGCCUUGGUGACAGCUUUUAUGAGUACUUGUUGAAAGCCUGGCUGUUGUCUGACAAAACGGAUACAGAAGCAAGGAAGACCUAUGAUGAGGCCAUCGAGGCCAUAGAGCGCCACCUCAUCCAGAAGUCAAGCAGCGGCCUGGCCUUCAUUGGGGAGUGGAAAAACGGCCACCUGGAGAGGAAGAUGGGCCAUCUGACCUGUUUUGCCGGGGGCAUGUUCGCGCUGGGUGCCGAUGGCUCACCCCAUGACAAGGCUGGGCACUACCUGCAGCUGGGUGCCGAGAUUGCCCACACCUGCCAUGAGUCCUAUGACCGCACAGUGCUGAAGCUGGGCCCAGAGGCGUUUAAGUUUGACAGUGGCCUGGAAGCAGUAGCAGUCCGGCAGAACGAGAAGUACUACAUCCUGCGGCCCGAGGUCAUCGAGACGUAUUGGUACAUGUGGAGAUUCACCCAUGACCCCAAGUACCGGCAGUGGGGCUGGGAAGCAGCACAGGCUAUUGAUAAGUACUGCCGGGUGAGCGGGGGGUUCUCCGGGGUUAAAGACGUCUAUUCCUCCAACCCUAUCUAUGACGACGUGCAGCAGAGUUUCUUCCUGGCAGAGAUGCUCAAAUACCUCUACCUGUUCUUUUCCAGCAACAAUCUCCUCCCCCUGGAGAACUGGGUAUUCAACACCGAGGCCCACCCUCUACCUGUCCUGCACCUGGACAACCUCACCCUGCCUGGAAGCAAUGCCCUGCAAUAG